UUGUGGUUCAAUUCAAGCCUGAAACCACAGACACCUGUGAAAACAAACCCAGCCUGGAUGCUUGCUCACCAGUACUAUCUCUCUUUGUCUCUCUUAUCUUCAGCCCCAGCUGUGAUGCUUCCUGACUGAUGAUGUUAUAACAGUGCCGAGAAGCCAAAAGGCUGCAUUUUUUAGCUGAAUACACCUGAGUUUUCCCCAUCAUCAUGGAGACCCAAAAGGAUGAAGCUGCUCAGGCCAAGAGAACAAGAGUCUCUAUGGAUACCCAGGAUCAAGGGACAGAGAAAGGGGCCAAAAACAAGGCCUCUGAGACAACAGAAAGGCCCGCAUCAGAGCCACCCUCAUCUGGUCCAGGUAGGCUGAAGAAAACUGCCAUGAAACUCUUUGGUGGCAAGAAGGGCAUCUGUACCCUGCCUAGUUUCUUUGGAGGGGGACGAAGCAAAGGUUCUGGGAAAGGCAGUUCUAAGAAGGGUCUUAGCAAGAGCAAGACCCACGAUGGCCUGAGUGAAGCAGUCCAUGACCCUGAAGACAUUGUCAGUGAAGGAACUGGCCUCUCCUUACCUUUGCCUGAGUCAUCACGACUUCCCAGCUCUCAGAGUGUCCAUGGGUCUUUGGAGACAGACUCCAGAUGCAAGAGGUCUGUGGCUGGAGCCACAGAGAAAGCUGGGGCUGAGAAGGCUCACUUUGUGCCCAAGCCAAAAAAAGGCCUGAAAGGUUUUUUCAGUAGUAUCCGUCACCGGAAGAGCAAGGUCUCUGGGCCUGAACAAAGCAAUCCAGCCAAGGAGUCUGAGGGGAUCAGGGCCAGGCCUCAUGAGUACGUGAGCUCAGCCCUUCUGUCGCACACUGAUGAGGUCUUCCAAGCCCCAAGAAAAGAAAAUGCCAAAUCCCAAGAUGUCCCUGGGCCAAAAGUUUCUUCAAUAUCAGAGACUUCUCUGGCAGCCACUGAGAAAGCAGCCUUUAAAGAUCCAGAAAAAACCUUGGAGACCUUUGUCUCAGCACUCUUGCAGCCCAAACCUGCCCCUGAAGCCAGUGGUCCAGAGGAGCUGCAUAGUCCAGAAACAGGGGAGAAGCUUGUGGCAGGAGAGGUAAAUCCACCCAGUGGCCCUUGGGACCAGCUGAGCCUCCUCUUUGGGGAUGUCACAUCUCUGAAGAGUUUUGACUCACUGACAGGUUGUGGUGACAUAAUAGCAGAACAGGAUAUGGAUAGUAUGACAGAUAGCAUGGCCUUGGAGGCCAGGGCCAACCGAGAUGGAACCAAACGAAGUUCCUGCUUGGUAACCUACCAAGGGGGCGAAGAGAUGGCCUUGCCUGAUGAUGAUGAUGAGGAAGAAGAGGAAGAGGAGGUGGAAUUAGAGAGGAGGGAGAUCAAGGAGGAAGAAGAUGAUGAUUUAGAGUAUCUGUGGGCAAGUUCCCAGAUGUACCCAAGGCCCAUACUAAAUCCAGGCUACCAUCCCACCACAUCCCCAGGCCAUCUUGGCUACAUGCUUCUUGACCCAGUUAGGUCUUAUCCUGGCUCAGCCCCUGAACUUUUGACUCCUCAGAGUGAUCAGCAAGAGUCCGCCCCCAAUAGUGAUGAGGGUUAUUAUGACUCCACUACACCAGGACUUGAGGAUGAUUCAGGUGAGGCCCUGGGGCUUGUCCGUAGGGAUUGCUUGCCCCGAGACAGCUAUAGUGGUGAUGCCCUCUAUGAGUUCUAUGAGCCAGAUGAUAGUCUGAGAACCCCACCUGGGGAUGACUGCCUUUAUGACCUCCAUGGUCACAGCUCUGAGAUGUUUGACCCCUUCUUGAAUCUUGAGCCCUUUUCUUCCCCUCGGCCACGAGCAAUGGAGACAGAGGAAGAACGGCUAGUGGCCAUCCAGAAACAGUUGCUAUAUUGGGAGCUACAGCGGGAGCAGCGAGAGGCCCGGGAAGCAUGUGCCCAAGAGGCUCACACCAGAGAGGCCCAUGCUCGAGAGCCCCACACCCGGAAGCUUAUGUCAGAGAGGCCCGACCUCAGAGCCUACGCCAGGGAGGCCUGUGGCCAAGAGGUCUGUGGUCGAGAGGCUCAAGUCCGAGAGACACAGGUGCGGCAGGAGAAGCCCAUCAUAGAGUAUCAAAUGAGGCCUUUAGGCCCAUCAGUGAUGGGUCUGGUGGAAGGGGCAUCAGGGACCUCUCAGACUUCCCACAGAGGAACCACAUCAGCUUUCCCUGCCACUGCAAGCAGCGAGCCAGACUGGAGGGACUUCCGUCCUUUGGAGAAGCGUUUUGAGGGAACCUGCUCCAAGAAAGAUCAAAGUACUUGCCUGAUGCAACUCUUCCAGAGUGACGCUAUGUUUGAGCCAGACAUGCAAGAAGCAAAUUUUGGAGGAUCUCCCAGGAGGGUACCUACUUAUUCACCUCCUGAGCCAGAGGAAGAGGAUGUUGAGAAGGAAGGGAAUGCUACUGUGAGUUUCUCUCAGGCCCUCGUGGAGUUCAGCAAUGGGAACCUCUUCUCCAGCAGUCUUCGCAGCUCUGACUCUGAUUCAUCCUUCACUCAAAACCCUUCCUGAGCGCCUCCCAUGGUGACCUUUGAUAUCGCUGAUGUGGAACGGGAUGGGGAAGGCAAGUGUGAAGAAAAUCCUGAGUUCCACAAUGAUGAAGACCUUGCAGUCCUUGAAGCUUUUGAACUGGGCUACUACCAGAAACAUGCCUUCAACAACUACGCAGCGCGAUUCUACCAAGGCUACCCUGGGUGUGAGCAGUCUCCCUCGAUACUUGGACUACCUGGCAUGCACCCUCGUCCUCCACCUGCUGCCAUGGCCCUCAGCAGGAGGAGCCGCUCCCUUGACACUACUGAGACCCUGGAGCUGGAGCUCUCCAAUUCUCACCUGACCCAAGGCUAUAUGGAGUCUGAUGCUCAGGCCCAGCAAGAAGAUUCAGAUGAAGAAGAGGAGGAGGAAGAAUGGGGCCGAGACAGUCUAUCUCUCUAUACUGAACCUCGUAACUACGACUGGUCUGCCUGGGCUCCCUGUCCUCUCCCAGUGGGGCCUGGCCAUGCCUGGAUAAGUCCUAGCCAGUUGGAUGGGCCUUCUAGCCAUCCAUUUGGGCAGGCAGUCUGUUGCAUAUCUCCUCUCACCAUGUCAAUGUUGCUCUCAGUAUCAGGCCAGAGCCAAGGCACCUGGGAAUCCAAGUCUCAGCUAGCUCGGCCCUUCACACCUACCCCUGCCCAUGGGCCCUUUUGUUAUAACCUCCAGCCAAAGGCCUCCCAGAGUGUGAAGGCCAGGCCUCAAGAUGUGCUGCUGCCUGUUGAUGAGCCCAGUCAUUCCUCCAUUUCUGGAGGCUUCAGCCCGCCCUGUGCCCAGGCCAAGCCUGUGGGCAUUACUCAUGGCAAUCCCUCAGCUGCCCAGGAUCCGCCUGCCCCAGAGCCCCAGCCCAUUCACUAUGGGGCUUCCAGCCUUGACCUUUCAAAGGAGAAGGCUGAGCAAGGUGCCUCUCUCCCCACCAGCUGCUCCUCCACUGCUAUGAAUGGGAAUUAG